AUCUGUCCCCCUCCCUGCUUUCUCCUGUUUUCUUCAUGGGUUAUUUUCCCUCCUUCCUGCUAUGUGGCUUAUCUUUAGCCAACAAUGCUGUUCUCCCUUCUCUUUCCACACCGUUUGUGUGCUAUGCUCCCCGCCCCUUCGUUAGCUGCUGAAACACCCAUGGGUGCUGCAGCUCCUCCUCCUCUUUCUACUCACUCUGCCCCCGUGGGUGCUGCGGCAUCUCCUCCCUCCUUUGGUGACAACUCCCUCCUGUGCUCUGAUCCCGCAGUUUCUAACCCUGUUUUCUUCCCAGCAGGUAGGAUUAUUGCCCCUCAUCCCUCGCUGACUCCAGCCCCUCUAGCAGCGCCAUGGAGUUUCCAGAUUUAGGUGCCCACUGCUCAGAACCGUCUUGCAAGCGCCUUGAUUUCCUCCCCCUGAAAUGUGAUGCUUGUGAACAGCUGUUUUGCACUGACCACGUUGCCUACGCCCAUCACAACUGCACUUCGGCUUACAAGAAGGAUGUGCAGGUCCCUGUGUGCCCACUCUGCAGCAUCCCGAUCCCUGUCAAGCGGGGAGAGAUGCCUGACAUUGUGGUGGGAGCACACAUUGACCAGGACUGCAAAUCGGACCCAGCUCAGCGCAAGCGCAAGAUCUUUACCAACAAGUGUCAGAGGCCUGGCUGCAAGCAACGAGAGAUGAUGAAGGUUCUGUGUGACCAGUGUCAAGGCAACUUCUGCCUCAAGCACCGACACCCACUGGAUCAUGAUUGCGCUGGCCCUGGACAUUCCCUCUCCAAGGCAGGGAGUGCCGCGAUCGCCAGGGCUCAAAAACCUGCCAAAGCACCUACAAGCACUACACCCAGCAACGGAGCCACGAGAGCUGCUGCAGCUCUGCCAACCUCCAGCAGAGCCAGUGAGAUGGCAAGAGCACCUCCUCCGCCACAAAGCAUAUCUCCUCCGGUGGUUGCCCUGCAGAAUGGAUUGAGUGAGGAGGAAGCGCUGCAGCGAGCCUUGGAGAUGUCCCUAGCAGAGGCAGUGCCCACCCAGCCACAACCCCGCAGCGCCCAGGAAGAGGAAGACCUUGCACUGGCCCGGGCCCUGUCGGCCAGCGAGGAGGAAUACCGGCGGCAGCAGCAGCAGCAACAGCAGGCUCGAAGCACAAAGCCCUCCAACUGCUGUCUGUCCUGAGCACAGUGAGACGCUAUCAGCACGUGGAUCGUGCCUGGUCACCAUGGUUCUUCUGUCCCUACCUGGGUUACCUCCUUCUGCCGCUCCCUCAGGACUACUAACAAUGAACCAAAGGCUGAACUCCCUGCCUAGUCCCCCCCCCUCUCUUUAAUACACAGCUGUUGUCACCUUGCACUGUGACCAUCAGACACCUUCUGGGGUAGCUGGCAGUAUUUCUCCCGCUGGAUGGAGCAAGUGGUAGUCCUGGGGUAGGGUUUAGGGUUCCCAAUCUUUCCGCCAGAGCCAUGGUUGGCAGAGGCCACAGCAGGGGAAAGGGGGAGUGGAGUGGCCGGCAGCAUUGGCGUCAGUCGGGUUAAACCUCAAACUGUCAGCCGUGUAGGGGAAGGUCCUACAGCUGUGGGGAGUUUGAAAGAGAGGCCCCCCACUCUCUUAGCCUGUGGCAGUCCCAGAGUUGGGCAGUAGGUGGUGCUAAAUGCUUUGUAGAGAGCUUUCUCCCCACCUUAUUCUUGGUGCUGCUGGGCUUCCUCUUGCUACCUAUCUGUUUAGGGGAAGCCGUGGGUGGGGAGGUGUCUUUUCUAAAGCUGCUCUUGCACAGUUUCUCUGUCAAAUACUGGCGCUGCUGCUGCUGCGUCAGAAGCAACAGCAGGGACAUUCAAAUCAUGGGAAGCACAAUGCAACGCCCAAGUCCUCCAGGAAGAGGCGGGAUUCGUGAUAGUCUCAGCGAGCAAAGGAGAUCUCUGGGGCCUGUUCCGUGUAAUCCCUUUCCCUGCUGAGAAGGCGUGUCAGGAUUCUCCCCUUCUCUGUGUUUCCUGACUAAGGCUGUUUCUGCCAGCACCCUUCUCCGAACGUCUGCCAAAGAUCAGCCUUGACCGACAGACCGUCCACCGGCUGCCCUAUAAUGCUAGGGAAGGGAGAUCUCCGCUUCCAGUAGACAGCCAGCUUCUCUUAGAAUGCAUGUUGGCAAAGCUGGCUGGCCCCAAGCUGCACCCAUACCUCAGUGACCACAUGGAUGUCUUUCUUCUGUCUGAUGCAUGCUUUGAUCAGGCACUGUCUUCUACCAGAUGUAUAAAAAAAGUUUGUUUUUUACAGCCUUGGGCUUCAGCUGUAUUAUUAUUAAAAGUCCCCCCCCCUCCGCAUGGGGCCACUUCAUCAUCCAGCAGUCUGUGCCUUUGCUAUAUCACCUCCAGUGUUGUGGGAGGAAAGAUGCGAAGGCAGGGCAUUGUGGGAAAGCUGGUGGGAGCCAAUAAACUCACAGAUAGAACCAG